AUGGAGCCAAGCGCUCAGACCGACUCUGGUCAGCAAUUUCUGACGAUCAGAGAUGAGUUGGCAACCGCUCAGGCUCCAGGCGCCAGAACUGCAGGCCGCCUCGAUCAUCCUCAGCGUCCUGCUGCCCGAAAGGCCAGCAUCAGAUGCCGCUUCUACGCAACGCAGAAAGGCUGCAGGGCCGGUGAUGCCUGCCCCUAUCUCCAUGAUGCCUCCGCUAGAGUGAGCGCUUCGGUGCCUCAGGAACAUCUAUCCUCGACUGCUAGUGCCGAAGCCUCUGCGGCUGCUAUCUCAGAUAUUGCAUCCACUGUAAGAAACUUAUCAAUCGACAACGCCAAACCUGCCCCUGUGAGCAGACCGGUAUCAAAGGUUGAGAAUCAAAAUCCAAGAGAAUUUCAAGUUAAUCAAGUGAGACGUCGGUUUCGUCCCAAAGAGGAACAAAAUGAUGCUGGAACCACUCUCACCUUCGGCCUGGUCCCCUCGGAUCCUGAUUUUCCAUUUGAGUUGGAGAAGCUGCACUGUGUGCUACGUAUUCCCCUGAAGUACCCGGUCAGUGGGAGGCCGACUCUCCAAGUUACGAAUCCGGAGAUGGACAGAUCUUUCCAGGAAAAUGUGGAAAGGGGAUUUGAUGAUAUCGUAGACUCAUCUAUAAGAACCAAUAGCCGGGGCACCCUUUUGAGUUGGAUCAAUAGCCUCGAUAGGCAUCUCGAACGUUUACUCACCACCGUCGAAAGAGCCCCGACCCUCAAAUUCGUUGCCAAUUUCAGUAGCAGAGAUGUCCCGGAGACAAAGCCGGUGGUCCAGGCCCAGCUCCCACCGAGGCAAAUUCAAGCGCGAGCACAGCCGAUCCCACAGCCGCCUACGGCCUCUUUUUUCAAGAACCAUCGUCAGUACACUGCUGAUGAGAAAGCCGCCGCUGAGCAGAGAAGAAACGCUGAGAUGAGACAAAUUGAGGCUCGGCUCGGGAGACAGCCCUUGUUUCAAAAGGCCUCUGAUGGCCGAUCGUUUGUCAUUCCCAUCCAGCCUAGCAAAGUGACUCGUCUUCCUGUUCCUCUACGAUCGAUCAAAACUAUCAGACUCGGGGUUCCUCAACUUUAUCCCCUGGAACACAGCUCUAUUGAACUGCAGGGGGUCGAUCCGGAAGCAGCCCGCUCCGUCGAAGCAGGCUUUGCGGAGUGGGUGGGCGAUAAUAUUAUCCAGUUGAACUUGAUGUCACAAAUCAAUUACCUGGCCAGCAACAUGCAUAACUUUGCAAAUAGGCCUACGGAGACCACGGUGCAAGCUCCUUCUAUGACUCUCGAACAACCGACGGAGGUACAAGCCCCCGAAGAAAGUUUAGAAAAGCCCGUCUCUGCCGAUCCAGGAGAUGCAUCAGACGACCGAUCUCACAUUCAUGUUAUUCCCCGUCCGCCUGAAUGGUCUGUCCAGGAAACAGGUAGUGACGGUGAGGAAAUAACGGAUGAUUCAAUGACCGACGAAGAGUUCACUGAUGACGAUACCGAGUCUGGUGGCGCACCGGUCUUAGAGAUACCCCAGCCCAGCACUGGACGCGGCGUUGCGCUCUCUUUUCCUUAUUUGGAGCUGUACGGCAUCGAAAUCCUGGAGCUGGUAAAUGUCUACAUUACGGUCAAGUGCGAGCGCUGCAAGGAGCUUCUGGACGUGAAAAAUAUCCACCAGGCUAAGGGUGUCAACGACUUCUCUGCCCUGCGGGUUGAAACUUGUAAAAAGUGUACCAACUCGAUGAGUAUCGGAUUCCGGCGUGAACUCAUGCACCCCACCGCUAAUCGAGCUGGCUAUCUGGAUCUCGAUGGAUGUACCGUCGUCGACCUUCUUCCAAGUCAAUUCACUCCCACCUGUGCUGAAUGCUCGUCAAUUUUCCCGGGACAAGGCGUUACCGCGGUUCGAGGAGAAAGCGCAACGGCCAAUUGUCGCGAAUGCCAUCGUCGAAUGGUGUUCAAGAUCCCCGAAGUCAAGUUUCUAAUCGUAGGAGCAGCCGCAGCGACGUCUCGUGCUACUGCUCCUGCACGGAAGAAGCCCAAGGAAGUUCUCGGGAUCGUUGCAGGCCAGGAACUCCCCCGUCGAGGCCGAUGCACCCAUUACGCGAAGAGCUAUCGCUGGUUCCGGUUCGGCUGCUGCGCCAAAGUCUUCCCUUGCGACAAAUGCCAUGAUUUGGCAACGGACCAUCCGAACGAACAUGCCAACCGCAUGAUCUGUGGCUUCUGCUCUCGCGAGCAAACGUACCGCCCAGAGAACUGUGGAGUCUGUCAUGCCGUCCUAGUGGGAAAGGCAGGCAGUGGGUUCUGGGAGGGCGGCAAAGGGACACGCAAUCCGCGGAAAUAUAAGCGUCGAGGAGGGACAGCGCCGGGAGGAAGUUCAAACUGCAAGAGGUAA